AUGUCACAGAUCAUAAGACUCCAUAUUAUUUUUGAAGAGACUUUAUUACAGAGGCAAAAUAUAGGAACACAUACAACGCAACAACAAAUUCCAAGGAAUCUAAAUACAGAAACAGAACAUUUCUCCGUCCAUCACACACUCGCUCUAGCUAAACGGCCUCAUCGAUUUCAACUCUACAAUAAUCGAAAUCAUCCUGCGGAUCUCUUUAUUGAGCCAUUCUACAACAACAACCUUCUCCUGCUCCUGCUCCUCCUCCUCCUCCUCCUCCUCCUCCUCCUCCUCCUACAAACCCAUCAAAUUCAAUCGACGAACUUCUUAGAACCAAACAAUAGAAACCAAAACAGCAGGCACAAGAGGUACAUAUUACCACGAAUACCACCAGGACGAAUCCUCGAAUUCAACUUCCUCCUCCUCCAACCUCAAUACCUUCAUCUUCUUCAAACUCAGCUCUCUGCUGCACCGCCUACAUCGUAUUUACACUUCUACAGUUUUCCUACAUCUCGAUCCUAA